AUGAGCAGAUCAGAGCUAACACUGGCCACAUUGAUGGAAAAAGCCUUCAGAAUCAAGGAGGACAUGGUGAAAGGUCUGCAGUCCACACAGGGAUCUGUUCUGAUGGAAGCAUCUGCGAGGAAACUUCUAGAGAACCACAUACAGACCAUCACUCACAUUGUUAAACAGCUCAGCAAGGACAUUCAGGUGCUGGAGAGCCAGAUUGUUCAGAGGGACAGUGUAGCAACAGGAACCACUUUUGCAGUACAAAGCCUGGAUCAUAAAAAUGUGGCUGUGGUUGGAGAUCUCCGGGGCAGAGUGGCCAGGUGUGAUGCCACUAUAGCUAAGCUUUCUGCUGAUGUCAGAGCUGAAGGACAGGAAAUCCUAACGCUUCAGCAGGAAGUCAGUGAGAUGCGUUCUAAGUCUGAACUCAGACUCAAAGACUUGGAAAUCAAGAUUUCAGAGUCACUAGAAAGACUGGAGUCUUCUCAGUCCAAGCAGAUUUCCUCCCAUAAUAAUACUACAGGAGAUCUACAGAGAAACAUCAAGGAGCUUGAAAUCAAGAUAUCCAAUGAGCUGAGGGAACUGGAGGAUGAAGCAGCCAGGAUAAGAAGAUGGACAGAACAGCAGUUAAACACCACAGUGCAAACCCAGAUGCAGAGGAGCCAACAGCUGCACACACUGCUGCAGGACCGAGUGGUAGAGGUGGAGGUGAAAUUGAAUGCACAAGUAGAACAACUCUCCACCCAGCUUGGCCGUUUGGAGAAGCAGCUGAUAAAAGAGCGUUCUGGAGAUCGAGCUAAUCGCAUAGAGUACAAACUAAACACCAGGAUUGAUGCACUGGAGAAAAGCUUCCAGGAAGAAGUAGAUCAGAUAAAAAGGAAUUAUCAGUCAGGUUUCCAGUCGGUCCACGAUGCUAUUGAUUCUCUGAGACAUAUUGGAGAGACGAAGGCAAAAAUAGAUAAAGAAGAACUAAAGAAAGACCUGAGGCAGAUUCGUCAGAUGAUGACAGGACUUCCAGAUGUCUAA